GGACUGAAAACCAAGUGAGGAGAUGAAGGAUUGCACCGUACUACACCAGAGAAUACAGAGAGGAUAGACAUCGCGGAUAGAUCCUGACCAUCACCUAAGCAACAACUGCACAACUGUGGGAAGAUAUCCAGUCCCUUCACAGCAUUGCUCAACACAGAGAAGGUUGGGCAGUGAAACCAUCAUCUGGAAAUCGGUCGGGUCAGGGGAGCUUUGACAUAUCAUCAGAUCUGAAACUGGUCAGUGGUGUGGAACCUUCCAUCAGAACCAACCUUUCCGAAGGUUCGGCCAUGGGCAAUCGGUCAGGGUGAGGCUGGGAAGAGUGUGAGUGGCUCCCAGUGUGGUGAGAGCUUCAAUCAUUCAUCGAGCUUCAUGAACCACUGACUCAUUCCUACAGGUGAGAGGCUGUUUAAGUGUGAGGUGUGUAAGAAGGGAUCCAAAGGCUCAUAAGAGUCCCUGGGACACGAGGUACUUCUGUGAGAACGACUGUUAAGACAAGGAUAGCUACAUGGAAGAGAAACCAUACAGGUCUGAGGUGAGCAACAAAUCAUUCUCGUGCUCAUCUCAGUUCCUCCUACACCAACACACUCACACAGUGGAAAAACGCUUCAAAUGUGAGGUUUGUGAUAAAGCCUUUGUGAGGUCGUCAAGCCUCCUGAGACACCAGAGGAAUCACACAGGGAAGAAAUUAUUCAGGUGUGAUGUUUGUGAGAUGGGUUUCACCCAAUCCUCCGAUCUCCUGACACACCAGUGGAUUCACACAGGGGAGAAACCCUUCAAGUGUGAGGUGUGCGGUCGAGCUUUCACACAGUCAUCAACACUCAUGCAACACCGACGCAUUCACACAGGGGAGAAGCCGUUCACAUGCAAGAUGUGCAACAAAUCCUUCUCGUCUUCAUCGAACCUCCGCACUCACCAACGCGUUCACACAGGGCAGAAACCAUUCACCUGCGAAGUGUGCGGCAAAUCAUUCAUUCAGUCAUCGAGCCUUCGCGUACACCAACGCAUUCACUCUGGGGAGAAGCCAUUCAAUUGUGAGGUGUGUAAUAAGUGCUUUGCACAAUUAUCAGGUCUAGUGAAUCACCGGCGCCUUCACACAGGGGAGAAACCGUUCACAUGCGAUGUGUGUGACCAAUCAUUCGUACAGUCAUCAAACCUCCGCGCGCACCAACGAAUUCACACAGGGGAGAAAUCCUUCAGGUGUGAGGUGUGUAACGAAAGUUUUGCACAAUCAUCGGAACUGUUGAAUCACCAGCAUAUUCACGCAGAGGAGAAAUCCUUCAAACAUGAGGUGUGCGACCAGGCCUUCACACAGUAAAUGACAUUCAUGAAACACUGAUGGACCCACACUGAGGAAAAGCUGUUCAAGUAUGAGAUGUGUGAUAAAGCCUUUACAAUGUUGACAUCCAUCCUGAUAAACCAGGCGAUUCAUGCAGGAGAAACCUUUCAGGUGUGACCUGUGUGAUUGAGCCUCACAACGUUAGCAACACUCGUGAAACACUGUUGCAUUCACAUAGGAGUGAAGCCAUUCAAGCGUUAGGUGUGUAACGGAAGCUGGUGAAUCCCUGGUGUAUUCACACGGGGGAACAACCAUUCACAUGCAAGGUUUGUGACAAAUCAUUUUCUCAUGUAUCUCACUUUCGUGUACGCCAAUGCAUUCGCACUGGGAAGAAAGCAUAAAAGUGUGACAAAGCCUUCACAAACUCAUUGAACACCCUUCGACAUCAGAGGAUCACACAGGGGAGGUUUCUGAUGAAGCUCUGUGACGUCUUCAAGUCUCCUGGGACAUCAGGGAAUUCACGGAGCGGAGAGACCCUUCAGGUGCGAUGUUUGUGACAAGGCUUUCACCCGCUCCUCCAAUCUCCGGAAGCACCAGAGGAUCCACACUGGUGAGAAACCAUCCAGGUGUGAGGUGUGUGACAAGGCUUUCACACAGUCAGUGUAUCUCCUGGUCCAUCAGUACAUUCACACAGGGGAGAAGCCCUAUCGCUGUGAGUUCUGUAAUGAAGCCUUCACUCAGUUUUUGGACCUCCUGGAACAUCAGCAAACACACACGGGAGACAAACCCUUCCAGUGUGACGUUAACCAGGAUUGUUUCACCUACUCCUCUCUCUCCCUACACUGACAUCUGCACGGGGACUUGGAGCCAGGUCACCUGCUUCCAUCACACUAAGAGUUGUCUGUGUUGUUUACCCUCCAGUGCUCACACAGGGCAGCUGUUGUUCCAAAGCACUGUCUGUCUCAGCAGUGUCUGAUUUGAUCCUCUCCCACCAUCAGUCCAAUCAUUUCAAGAAGGCCAAUUUAACCUUUGACCAGAUCACCAAACAUCACCAAAGGAAGACAUCAAUAUGUAUAGAAGCUCCUGCAUAAACUCAGCAUUCUUUCAGUGCAGAGUCAGGUACAAGUCACUCACUGACUCUCACUCUGACCAGGAAAGCAAUCAGAUAAUCAGUGGUUGGAAAGGCUUCUACUUAUAAGACCAAAAGACAUAGGAGCAGAAGUAGGCCAUUCAGCCUAUCGAGUCUGCUCUGCCAUUCAGUGAGAUCAUUGCUGAACUGAUAAUCCUCAACUCCACUUUCCUGUCUUUUCCCCAUAACCCUUGA